ACCACAACUGUGGCUAAAAUUCCUCUUGCUGCACCAGAACAAGAGCAUGAAACAGUUCCUGUUGAGGAAAAGAAGCCAAGAAAGAAGGUUGGGAAACCGGAAGAAGAGAUAACGAAUGCCGACGAAAUUCAUCUCUCAGCACCAGGACAAGUGUUGGAUGUUACCACAGAUUACCAAAUUACAGUAGAGAGGACAGACGAAAAGGAGACGUUUGCGAAGAAGCGAAAGAAUGUUCCAAAAGCGCUGUUCAUACCUUCUGAGAUCAAUUCACGUUUUGGUGAUAAAAGUAUCCUUGUGUCCGAAACAUCGAUCACAACUCAAGUCACAUCGCGAGAAGCCAGUGCUGAAAUCGAAGCAACUUCUUCUCCUUAUAAACCACAGUCGGCAACCAUAUCAAUGAAAAUAGAUUCUGCUAGUCGUUUGACAUCUCGCGGUCCAACGCCAAUUUCUGCCACUGAAUUCACAUUUAGUCAACGUUCCGGAUCUGAUGUUGGAGAGAGGGAUGAAACUAUUGAAGCUGUCGUCAAAAAGCCGAAGGAUCGAAGUGGUCUCCCACCAUUGCCGAAAGAUAAAAUUCAAGGAGAAACGAUCAUUACUCGGAGCGAAUCAACCGAAAAUGCGCAGAUUUUGUGUAGCAGUGCUUCACAAGCCGAAGUUGUCUUGUCUCUGCGUGAAUCACCGGAAAGUGGCAUAAAGAAAGCUCGUGCGCUCAGGAAACCUCGAAAACCGGUUCCUACUGCCGACGAAGUGGUCCAUGCAUUGGCUGAGUAUUCGUUCACUGAAGAGGAAGUUAGGCUGAGUUUCAGUUUCCCCGUUCGCGUCACGUGUUCCUCGUCUUAUGCUGUUGAAGAGCAAGUAUCCAAGACGGCCACAAGAAAGAAGGUGAGUACGGCGGAUAAGAAGAAAGCUGUCAAAAAGAAACCAACUGAGAUAAAAACUGAGGAAACUGAACGUUCGGAGGACUCGAAACCUAUCCUCAAGAGAGAAGAUAAAUUGAAAACAGUCUCCCAGGAUACUGAAGUUUUUGCGGAGAUUGCGAAUAAGUUGUCAAUUGCUUGUUCCGAAUAUAUGCUGAAGGAAUCUUGCGGUGACUCUACUAUAGCGUCGUUCAGAGAGCCUUUAACAAGGAAGUUGAGGAAGAAGCAGGGAAAGGUUACAGACAAAGAGGGACCGAUCGAUCAUGAACGGAUUGUCACUGAAGAAAGCAAGAUGGGAGCUCCUUCCAAAUCAGUAGUGGAUGAGGAAAGAACAACUCUAGAGGAAGAGUCGAAGAAGGAACGGAAAGUGGCAAAGCGCAAAGUUUCCGAAACUUCGGAGGACUCUGCUAUUGCUAUGAGCAGCGUUGCAGAAGAAUCUAUCGCGACGUUGAAGAAACCGCCAGUUGAAGUGAAAUCAUCAGAUGCAAUGAUUUGUAAAACUUCGAAAGAAGAGAUGCGUCAACCUGACGAAGAAGUACAGCUGCAGCUCGAUCAAUUUGAAGUUACUGCUGAAUUCGCACUCAAAAUAACGACGGCUGAUGAAAUUCAACCUUCAGAUUCAGAAACUGUUACUGUAAAAGUGCCUCUAAAGCUUGGUGCUGAAGAGGUGUCAUUGGGUGAAGUACAAGAAGAUUCAGAAACGACAAUUAUUAGCGCAACAAGUUCUCGUAGAUCUUCAACGAUUUCAACUGAUGAAGGUGUUGGCAUUGUUCGACGGCAACGUAAGAAACGCGAGGGAUUCGUUUCCUUACCAAAUCAAGAAUUCCAAGCUCUCCGAGGAGAUACAGCUCGGAUUGAAUGCGAGCUCUUCAACGAGGAAGAUGAUGUUAUUUGGAUGAUCAAUGGUAAACCUAUAUCAGAUGAUUCACGUUGCGUUGAAGAAUGCGAUAGGUAUAUGCGGACGCUCAUCGUCAGGAACUUGACUCCAAAAGAUACUGGUACAGUUGUAUCAAUGCAAAUUGGUGAUCAUUACUCAGAAACUGUACUGGUCGUUGAGGAGACUGCGGUCACCAUCGACGAAAGAUUGCCACAGCGAUCGAUUUGCGCGUCGUGUACAGACAUAAAUCUUCCGGUGAAGUUGUCUCAUGAAGCUGAGAACGUAGUUUGGUUCUUUAAUGGAAAGCCGAUUGAAGAAAGUGAUUCACUCUUGAUCCGGACAGAAAACGAUGCCACUACGCUUACGAUAAUAGACGCAACAUUUGAGCAUUCGGGUCGAUAUACGGUCAACGCCGAUGGCGCCGAGUCAUCCACACUGCUUGAAGUUCGUGGCAAACCUGUUUUAGUUGAUGCUCAACUAAGCAAGGAAAUCGUGCUGGAAUCCGAGGAGAAUCUAUCAUAUUCGAUUCCUAUCCAGUCAAAUCCUGAACCAACGAUCGAAUGUCUGUUCAACGGAGAACCGGUGACACGUGAACAAAGAAUUCAAGCAGAUUUGAUCAAUAACGUGGUCAUAGUUUCAAAACGAAAACUAACAAAGAAAGAUGCGGGUGAAUACACUGUGAAAAUCACUAACGAAUACGGUGAAGUAUUCGAAACGUUCAACCUUUCUGUUAAAGGUACACCAGAAAUUCCCCAAGAAGUUCGUCUGACUGAAUCUGGUGAAGAUUAUUUGACUGUGGCCUGGAAUGCUCCAUCGGACGAUGGUGGUAGCGAGAUUACAGCGUACGUGAUUGAAAAGAAGGAGUUCGGACGACGCAGAUUCCACACUGUUGCUAAGGUUCCUGCAUCGGAGACUAAAUAUGAAAUUGGUGAACUCGAAGCAAAUACAAGCUACGAAAUCCGUUUGUCCGCAGUGAAUAAAUUUGGCGUUGGUGAGCCUACAGAACCAAUCGAAACGAGUACAGUAACUCAUUUCAAGAAACCUGUCAUUGAAGAGGCACCACUGAUAACAAAUAUUACCGAUAAGGGGUGCAACCUUGAGUGGAAUGAUGUGAGCAAAACCGGUGGCUCCCCAAUAUACGGCUAUGAAGUGUUCACUCGAAAAGACGGUUCCGAAUGGAUAAAACUGAACGAUGAGAUGAUUUUCACUCGUCGAUUUGUCGUCAAGAAUCUUGAAGUUGGACCAACGUACGAGUUCAAAAUCGAAGCAACCAAUGAAGCUGGAUUAAAAUCUGAUUCGAACGUUCCCUCUGAAACGCUCACACUUUCAAAGAAAAUAUUUAAACCCAGGAGGCAACUAAACGUUCCACGGGUGCUGGUAACCGGACCGGAAAAUGUAACCGUUGAGUGGGACGAACCAGAUGUUGACGAAGAUAACACCACUUCCUAUACCAUCCAUUUCAGAUCUGAAGGAAGCUCUGUAUGGUCAGAGGUAUCAUCAGAACACUCUCCGACUCAUAUUGAUUCACUGAAGGAAGGAGUGGCCUAUAUAUUCAAAGUUGCACCUGUGAACGAAACUGGUAUAGGAGAAUUCUCUGAAGAAACACAACCUAUUAGAAUUAUUGAUGAGAAAGAACCAGAAAUAACCAAAGGCAUCAAGAACGUCAGCGUGCCAAGAAAGAGAGAGCUCCGUUUGGAAUGUCAUGCAAUGGCCGAACCUUCACCAGAAUACAUCUGGUACAGGGAUGGCGAAGAAAUUAUUCCUGCUGACGAAAAUAUCGAGAUUAUCAAUGAGGGAUACAUGAGUGCGCUAAUUGUUCAUAAGACAGCUGCCAGUGAUGAAGGCGAAUACACAUGUGAAGUUGUAAAUAAACAUGGCUCACAGAAGUCUAGCGCUAAAGUUACCAUCACAGAAGUGCGUGCACAUUUCGAAGCAUCCUUCCCUGAAUACACGGAAAUCGUCGAAGGACAAGAUGUAACGUUGACGUGUCAUCUAUCCGAUGCCGAUGCUUCAGUGUUAUGGUACCGAAAUGGACGAAAGGUUAUUCCGAAUGAAAGAAUUUCAAUCAAUGCAGAUGGUACAGAGAGAACACUCACCAUCGUUAAAGCAACAACAAAAGAUAGUGGUGACUACGAAUGUGCUACUAUCGACGAUAGGAGCAGGACUCGUGGUGAAGUACUCGUGAAAGAAGAAGAACCGCAUAUCAAGGUAGGACCUCAAGAUCAAACGGUUACAAAACUUGGCGAACAAGUGAUUUUGAAAUGUGAAGCAACGAAGCCGAUAAGAGGAUUUGUCAGAUGGUACAAGAAUGGUCAAGAAAUUUGGCCACAACGUCAUAAGACCACAAUGAGUACAGACGAUAAUAUUGCAAUACUUGAAAUUGAAAACUUCGACGCUCAUGAUAUCGGCGAGUACUACAUUGCACUAUCCGACGACGAACGAAGUGCUCCAGCAGCACUUGAUCUCAAGGUUCCACCAGAAAUACAACUACCAGAAAAGCUUGAAAAGGAAGUCGUACUUAAUGCCGAGAAAGAUCUAGAAAUUUCACUUAACUUCACGGCCUAUCCAGCUCCGAAAAUUGAAUUCGUCCACAAUGAAAAGCCAUUGGAGAUGGAGCGAGCUCGAUUGGAAGUCUAUGACGAUAGUAUAUUCCUCCGAAUUCGUAAUAUGAAAAGGCGUGAUUCUGGUACUGUACGGAUUAUUAUGCAGAACGAGCAUGGAAAAACUGAGAAGGAGGUUCAUGUUAGUGUCACAGAUGUGCCGUCAGAACCAAGAGCACUGAGCACUUCGAAUGUAACGUCAAAUUCUGUACACCUUGAGUGGCUGCCUCCAUUGGAAGUGAAUGGUUCACCGUUAGUUGAGUAUAUAGUUGAACGAAAGACAGUAGGGACAAGUAGAUGGCGUCAUGUUGGCAAAGUGAAUGCACGAAAAGAAUCAUUUGUCGCAGAAGAUCUCUUCUCGGACGAGAUGUAUGUUUUCCGAGUGUGUGCUGUUAACGAGAUCGGUGAAGGACCACCAAGUGGAACGGUCGAUGUGAUCACCCUGAAAGACGCCGAGGCUGUCGAAGAGGAGAUUCCUAAACCAUUAGCGGAUAUAGUCCUCUUGGACACUCCCGGGAAACCACAGAUUGAACUUUUAGAGAAUGCAAAAGUGCAAAUCUCGUGGAAUGAAGUCAUAAGCGCAGAGAGGUAUGACAUCGAAAGGAACACCGUAACCGAGCCCAUGUGGCUCGAUAUCGCAACCUCUGAUCGUACAACAUUCAUUGACCGUUCCAUCACCAAAACUGAUGUAUACUCGUAUCGUAUUGUUGCUAAGUCUGAAAUGAGAACGUCGAAUCCGAGUGAACCAUCUGAAGCAUUGAGCAUUUCCUUACCCGAAACAGUAGCUGAGGAACGUCCUGAAGAGGAACAGAACCAUGUUGAAGAUGAACAGCAUGAGGAAAUUGAAGAGGCUAAACCAGAAGCGGAAAGCGAGAUCGUUCGAGAAAAGCCGACCGAGGAGGGAGCGAAACCUAAAAAGAAAAAGGUCAAGAAAGAAAAACUUGAGAAAUUCGCCGAAGAAGAUAAAGACCUCGGUGCGCAAAAAGUCGCAGUGGAACAGGAAACAUUAAUACAGGUUGAUGAAAGAUCGACUGAGAUCAGUAUGGCCGUCUACGGUCAUGAAGAAGAAACUUCGCGGAAAAUUGAAGAGGCGAAGGAAGUUCAACAAGAAAAACCUGAGUUGGUGGAGGAACAGCCUGAGGAGAAGAAACCUGAAAAGAAGAAAGUUAAGAAGAAGAUCUCCCCAAAGAAGCCAGAAAAGGCAGAUGAGGAGCUGGAGAAAUCUAAGGCCGAAGAACGAGAAGUAACCGAAAUCAAGGACCAGAAAGAUAUUCGCUCAGAAGAAAUUAAAAAGUCGCAUGAAGAGCCGGAAGAAAAAGUCAAAACCCCUGAAGAAAGAGAGAAAAAACCUGAACUUGCGGAGAAGCCCGAGGAAGAACAAAAAGCUACAGAAAAAGUGACGAAGCGGAAACAGAAGAAAGAAGCUGCUGAAGCGGAUAAAGAAGAAAAAUCCAAAGAAAUUGAACCGAAGAAGAAGGAAACAAAACUGAAAUUANCUUCAGAAAAGACCAACAUACAAUUGGCAUUAAAUUGCAAGGCCCAGUUGAAGGCUCAAAUCGAAGGAGACUUUGAUAGUUGCAAGUGGACAAAAGACAAACAAACCCUAUCAGAUCAGUCAUUCACAACAAAUGAGAAAGAAUCUGUUUUGCACAUUGAAAACGUCACUGAGAACUCAUCCGGAAAGUACACAUGCACAGCUGUCAACAAAACGACAAAAUCAUCCAUUGAUUUCAAUGUCACUGUUACUGACGAGCCCAAAAUUGUGUUCGAUAGCAAGUCCAUUGAAGCGAAAGCUGGUGAAACACUGAAAAUUUCUGCUCACGUACAUGGUCUACCACAACCGAAAAUCUCUUGGACAAAAGACGGCUCGCCGGUGAAAACUCUUAAAAACGCAGUGGUUGCCUUCAAAAACGGCGAUGCUUCAAUUACAGUGAAGAAAUGUGUACAAGAAAACAGUGGUACUUACAUACUUUCCGCUGAGAAUGAAGUCGGUAGAUGUCAGGACGAAGUGAAGGUUAAGGUCCAAGAUGUACCUUCCGCACCUAUUGGUCCACUCAACGUAGCCAAUGUUACUUCUUCAUCGUGCACAUUGUCGUGGAAACCACCGAAAAACGAUGGAAAUGGUAAACUACUUGGAUACUGUAUCGAGAAGCGUGACGCAAAGCGUAAUGCAUGGGCAUUUCACACAAGAACAUCCGAAACAAGAACUGAAUUAACUGGUCUUGCUGAGGGAAUCAAGUAUUAUUUCCGCGUUACUGCAGAGAAUGCGCUCGGCAAUGGGCCUGCUUUAGAAACAGAAAAUGUGGUCGAACUGAAGAAGCCAAUUGAGAAGCCAAAAUCAGCACCGUCUAAACCGGCGGCAAAAGAAAUAACGGAUCAUUCGAUAAAGAUCUACUGGAGCCCAGUCACUGGCGAUGGUGACGUAUCCUACAAUAUCGAAAUGAAAGAAACCAAAUCGAAGCGUGCUUGGACACUCGUUAAUCAACAACCUAUUAGCGAAUGUGAAGUGACGGCUGACAACCUGACACCUGGCAAAAUUUAUGAGUUCCGUGUUGCUGCCGUCAACGAAGCUGGAUCCGGACCACUGUCUGAGCCUUCGGAUGCGAUUGAAUGCGUUGAGAAGAAAGAACCGCAAAAACCGCAGUUCACAAAAACGCCCGAAAGUGGAGUUGGAAUUGAGCAGAAGAAGAUCAAAUUAAUCGCCGAGUUCAUCUCUGAAACAACGCUAGAGGUGCACUGGUUCAAGGGAGAUAAGGAAAUCUACCCGAGCAACAGGCAAUGGAUCGAAACGAGUGAGACCACGUCGACGUUAACAAUCGCUGAGCUGCGCGAAAAUGAUCAGGGCGAUUAUAAGAUAGUGUUAAAGAAUGCGAAUGGAACGACUGAGCACAGUUUCAAACUAGAGGUCGAUUCGGUGCCACAAAUCACAAGACCUGAAAAAUAUGCAGAGGCACAACUUUACAAUCAAGGCGAAGAUGUUAAACUUCGACUUACGUUCACUGGUGAGUGA